GGGGGCGACAUCUAACACUCUGCUGCCCCCACUGCCGAAGGAAGCGCGGGGGGCUUUUACUGGGACUGAGUUGCACAGACAGACAGGCAGACAGACAGACAGACAGACAGACAGGAGGACUGUGAUGUGAUGGAGGCUCAGAGAGACGCGCGUGCAGCAGGCGGAGAUUAAAAACAGCCGCUCGGUGUGAAGACCGGAGGAGGAAGAGCAGCGCGCGCUGCAGGCUGCCAGCUGCUUUGCUCUUCAGUGUGUGAUGGAUCCAGAAGCCCCGCCCCCUGGCCUGCAGACCCCGCCCCCUGCUCCUCUUCGUGCAUGCUCUGAAUCUGCCACUGCUGAGCACUGAAGGCCGGAGCGCGGAGAAAAACCUGCAGAUGAGAGCGAAAUGUCCGGACACUGUUCGCCUCUUCUCUCCUGGGUCACUCUGCUGCUGUGCCUGAGCAGCGUGACCCACCAGGUCAGCGCUAUUUGGCGUCCUGCGUCAUCACAGCGCGAACGCAGGGGAGUAAACACCAGAGAUCAGCCUUACAGCCAGGUGGCGCUGCUGCCCGUCAAAAGCAGGGGUGCUGAGUUUGAUUCAGAGCAGCAGGACGGACCCAAUGGGGUCAGUCUUGCUCUGGACAAGCGAACGGCGAUUAGUAAGAGAGCAGUUAGUGAAAAAGCAGCUAGCGAGGCUGAUGCUGGGCCUUUGUGUGCCUACCGCGUCCUGGAGGACGGCAAAGAGGGACGGUUGUGUUUCCGUCACACUCAGGUGGACGUCACAUGUCCCAGCGGUACCUGCCGGCAGGUGAGGUCACCCGGAGGACACCUGGUGGCGAACAUGCUCUCCAAUGGCAGUGUGCUGCUCCAGUGGACACACGAUGGAAGGGGCAGAUCACAUAACCCAGGGAACUUGGGGGUCCCAUCAGGAGCCCCUGAACUCACAGCGAGUCCAACAGCAGGGGGCGAUGGAGAGACUGUACCCACCCCACCAAAGAGCCCCAGCAGGGGGCAGCAGAAACAGAAGGGGGGUUUUAGAAUGAGCUGCUGGUGGAACGGCAGCUACACGCAGUUUGAGUGUGCAAGCAUUAUUCUGGGCAGCAGCUGCAGGGACUUCCUGCUGACUGAGCUCCACGAGAACGUGCCCUAUCGCAUCUGCCUGCAGCCUCUGUGGACGGUUUGGGAUGGAGCCGAGACGGGAAAGCCUCACGGGAAUAAGAUGAAAACGACUGCGGAGAUUUGGGACGGAGCUGGCUGUGUGGACUUCAGCGUUUCUCCCUCUGGGAUGCAGGACAUUGUCAUUGCCAUGACGACGGUGGGCGGAGCCAUCUGUGUGAUGCUGGUCAUCAUCUGCCUGCUGGUGGCUUACAUCACUGAGAACAUCAUGAGUCCCUCAGUACAACACACACUUGCUGCACGACACUCCACACGGUCACAUAACACACACCUGUAAACAUACACACACACAAACGUUUGUCUUACAUUCCUUGUGAGGACUUCCAAAGAUUUCUAUUGAUUUUUUAUGACUGUAGCCAAGUAAUACCACACCUACACCUACAGCUAAACUCUAACCCUAACCUUGACCUCAGUAACCAAAAGCAAUUUUUCUGCUCUUUUUAGUCUUUAAAGGGGUUAAAUCAACACAGGUUUUCAUGAGGACCAGCAAAAUGGUCACCUAUCAUUGUGAUGACAGCUAGUCCUUACAAGGAUAGUAAGACAAGCACACGCACACACUUGCAGCUCUCACACAGCCCACACACUGCACUCUCACACACUCUCUAAAUCUGUCCCUCGGCCUGUGAUGCAGCGCUGAAACCACACGCCAAAAAGACUGUGGAGAAACGGACUCCAGUUAAACAAGAGCAGUAUUUUAUUCUCUUCCUGGAAGCAAAAAAUGACGUAUAAACAAAUCCUUCAGAUUUGAACCACAUUACAUAGAACUGAAACAGCCGUUUCAGUAAAUAAUCUCAUCUCAGUAAUAGGCGGAGUUUGGGGCACCCCCUACUGCCCCCCAUACUAUGCCAAAAACCAAGCAUAGGUUCACAGUGGUGGAGAACUUUGCUCAGUGCUCAAUUCCUGCUGGUUAGUCAAACUCUGCUUAACUUCGUUGUGUCGCUGACUCCGCCCGCUUUGCGGCGCCAACGGUCACCAGAAAUCAGCAGCUCUCAAUUAAAUUUAAUGACUUCUGACCUCUUCGUUGCGGUGCGUAGCUGCCGGUGUGAACACAGGAUAACUCGGUACGAAGGGCAACAUCGCAGCCCUAGUGAGGGUCCAGUAUGGCAGGGGUCUGUUUGCAGCCGUGCUGGGAAUACAUGCUGUCUAGCACUGAGUGGGCAUGACGUUCACUGUUUUGAGAGAGUGGGAUGUCAGGUGGCUGAGCUGAGGUGGUAUGUAUUUUAACAGUCUAAUUAAAAAGUAUAAAUAAAGUAGAAGAAUGUGCUGGCAGCCUGUGUUGUGGCGUUGCUGCUGUUUAAUGUUGGGCUGUUUUAGGUUCAUUCGUAUGAGGACUUUUAGGUUGAAGAGCCUGAAUGCGAGUGGGGUGGUGGGUUUUCUGGAGCAGCGCCGAGGGCUGUGCUCUGUUUCAGCUGUUAGUGCUGGAGAAGUUGUGUUUCUUCUCACGGUGUUUGGCGCUGUUUUCAGCAAAUGAACAAUAAAGCAGCGUUGUGGAGCGUAACUGAGUCAUCCUGAGAACCCCAAAUAUUACAAAAGCAAUAUCUGAACCCACCCCCCCAAAAAAAAACAUAAUCACUUACCCAACAAACAAAUAUCCUAAUAGUUGAAUAUUUGGGUCCAGCUCUAAUACAUACGUGUGUAUGUAUACAUGUAUACAUAUCGCUGUUGUAAAACCUCGUAUCUCCAAAAUGUUAACUUUACAGGAGAAGGAAAAAACCUGCUUUACUUUUAAUGUAAGUCAAUGGAACCAGAGGGUUUUCCAAGUCAUUUUAAGCCAUUUCUUUUGGUCCAUUCAUCGUGAAAUUUAAACACAAUGUAAAGGGCAAUAAGUAGUUUUAAAUUAGGUCAGAAACUGUAAAAUGAGAAAAAAUACAAGAUACAAGGUUUUGUUCCAACAACAGUGGUAUGUUUCUAUUCUUAGCCGAGUCUAACUCGCCUUUUUACAUGCAUUUCUUGCCAUAUAGUGUUAUUAUGGUUUUUUGCAGUUGUUUUAGUGCUCAGGUACACACCUAAAUAAUCUGUAGGCCAAUAAUUUGGGGCAGUCGUGGGCUGGAGGUUAGGGAACUGGCCCUGUGACCAGAAGGUUGCCGGUUUGAUCCCCAGAGCCGACAGCACAUGACUGAGGUGUCCUUGAGCAAGACACCCAACCCCCA